AUGGCGAUGCGGGAGCUGGUGGAGGCGGAAGGCGGGGGUGCCAACCCGUUCAUGAAGCUGGCCGGGCACUUCACCCAGGACAAGGCCUUUCGGCAGGAGGGGUUGAGGCCUGGCCCAUGGCCCCCAGGAGCCCCAGCCUCGGAGGCGGUCUCUAAGCCUUUGGGGGUAGCUUCUGAAGAUGAGUUGGUGGCCGAAUUCCUCCAGGACCAGAAUGCACCACUUGUAUCCCGUGCCCCUCAGACCUUCAAGAUGGAUGACCUCCUGGCAGAGAUGCAGGAGAUUGAACAGUCAAACUUCCGCCAGGCUCCCCAGAGAGCCAGGCACCCCAGAGAGCCCCCUGGUGUGGCAGACUUGGCCUUGUUGGAGAACUGGGCCCAGGAGUUCCUUGCAGCUGGAGAUGCUGUGGAUGUAACUCAGGAUGACAAUGAGACUGACUGGUCCCAAGAGUUCAUCUCUGAAGUUACAGACCCUUUGUCUGUGUCCCCGGCCCGCUGGGCUGAGGAAUAUCUGGAGCAGUCAGAGGAGAAGCUGUGGCUGGGAGAAGCAGAGGGAACAGCUGCCACUCAUCGCUGGUAUGGUGAAUACCCGCCUGAGGAGGACCUGCAGCACACGGCCAGCGACUUUGUGGCCAAGGUGGAUGACCCAAAGUUGGCUAACUCUGAGUUCCUGAAAUUCGUGCGGCAGAUUGGCGAGGGGCAGGUGUCCCUGGAUUCCGGCGCAGGGUCGGGCCGAGCUCAGGCAGAGCAGUGGGCAGCAGAGUUUAUUCAGCAGCAGGGUACUUCAGAGGCCUGGGUUGACCAGUUCACAAGACCAGUAAACACAUCUGCUCUUGAUAUGGAGUUUGAACGAGCCAAGUCAGCUAUAGAGUCUGAGGUCGAUUUCUGGGACAAGUUGCAGGCGGAGUUGGAGGAGAUGGCCAAACGGGAUGCUGAGGCCCACCCCUGGCUUUCUGACUAUGACGACCUCACGUCUGCUUCCUACGAUAAGGGGUACCACUUUGAGGAGGAGAACCCCUUGAGUGACCACCCCCAGCCUUUCGAGGAAGGGCUGUGGCGACUUGAGGAGGCGGACCUACCGAACGCCGUCCUGCUCUUCGAGGCAGCUGUGCAGCAAGACCCCAAGAACAUGGAAGCUUGGCAGUAUCUGGGGACCACCCAGGCAGAGAAUGAGCAAGAACUCUUAGCCAUCAGCACACUGCGGAAGUGCCUAGAGCUAAAGCCAGACAACCGGACGGCACUGAUGGCUCUGGCUGUAAGCUUCACCAACGAGUCCCUGCAGCAGCAGGCCUGCGAGACCCUGCGAGACUGGCUGCGCUACACGCCGGCCUAUGCCCACCUGCUGGCAGCCGGGGAAGAAGGGGCCAGUGGGGCGGGGCUGAGCCCCAGCAAGCGCAUCCUGGGCUCUCUGUUGUCCAACUCCCUGUUUCUCGAAGCGAAAGAGCUCUUCCUGGCAGCUGUGCGUCUGGACCCUACAUCCAUUGACCCUGAUGUGCAGUGUGGCUUGGGAGUCCUCUUCAACCUGAGUGGGGAGUAUGACAAGGUGGUGGACUGUUUCACGGCCGCCCUCAGCAUUCGUCCCAAUGACUAUUUGCUGUGGAAUAAGCUAGGGGCCACCCUGGCCAAUGGAAACCAGAGUGAAGAAGCAGUAGCUGCAUACCGUCAGGCCCUUGAGCUCCAGCCUGGCUAUAUACAGUCCCGCUACAACCUGGGCAUCAGCUGCAUCAACCUUGGGGCCCACCGUGAGGCUGUGGAACACUUUUUGGAGGCCCUGAACAUGCAGAGGAAAAGCCGGGGCCCUCGGGGCGAAGGGGGUGCCAUGUUGGAGAACAUCUGGAGCACCCUGCGUUUAGCCUUGUCUGUGUUAGGCCAGAGCAACGCCUAUGGGGCGGCUGAUGCCCGGGAUCUGUCCACCCUCCUAGCGAUGUUCGGCCUGACCCAAUGA